AUGUUAUUUCAUAAAUAUUUAUUAUUAUUAGUUACAAUAGUUUAUCUAAUUGGGUGUGCAGUAAGCGAUUCAUGCCAACCAAUUGGCCUAGUCGAACAAACCGACAUUCAGUAUUCCUCGAUCACAUUUGGUGUCGAAAGUUGCCACAUACUUCAAGGCUAUGACAACGGUUGCGAUGGCAAUGUGAAAUACACACUCAAAGUUAACGAGACCGUCGUUUUCGGGGGAGAAAACGGAUAUGAUCAAGUUGCUGGAUUCGAUGGAGUUCACUUGUGCUUUUCAAUCUCAACCUAUAGUUCAAAUUACUGUACACCACCAACUGAAUAUACAACUCGUUGCAACUCGGGAUGUAUCACACCCAACUUUGACUCUGAGUAUUCCUACAUUGUCCCAUAUAAAUGGAUGCUCGAUACAUACUGUGCUGAGGGUUUCAAGGAUACCUACAAUUUCUCGUUUGAAUCCUCAUCAUCCAUUGUCCAAACCAACCUUUUCUUUGUUCUCGUCAGUCUAGAUAAAUAUAAAGAAUUGAUUAGUAUUGGUUUGAAAUCAAUACAAUCAAGAACAUAUAGUAAAUAUGAUAAGAUACUAUUUGUUGGUUCAUUAGCUUUACCUUUUUUAGUCAAUUUACCAAUUUAUGGAAUAAUACCAAAUCAACAAGAUACUAGGAUUGAAUCAAUGUAUGAUAAUGCAAUUGAUAGGAUUACAAAUGUUUAUAAUGAAAUUCAAACAGAUCCAGAAUCAGUAUAUAGCCUUGAUAUUAAGAAUUUGGCAAGUGUUGCUGACAAGUCAAACAAGUUGUGUAGAAUAUUGGCACAGAAAGAUGUAGUAAUGACUCUAUUAGAUAUCAUUAUCAACGGAGAGGAAAUACACACACAAAGAUAUAAUGAUCAAUUACCUCUAUCUGAUAAAAUCAUCGAAGAAUUGUAUCUAACUAUUGAAAGUAAUUCUAUAAUGUUGGAUUGUAUAUCUUUAUUAAAUAGUAUUUUACCUUUUGUACAAGAUAUACCAUAUGGAGGAUUAAUUUAUAUAAUUAUAAAUUAUCCAUCAUCACCAACAAGUUAUCAAUUAACAUGUGCUGUAUUAAAAACAAUGGCAUUGAGGCCAGAGGAGACGAUUCAACCAUUUUUAGAUGUUGGUUUGAUUCAUAUUAUUAAAUACUUUUUAGACAAAGAGGUUACAUCUGAACACUCAGUGCUACGAUAUUAUUGGUUACAAGUUGCUCAGACCAUAUAUAAAUCUCCCAUAGGUCAUUUUGAAACAACCGAAGAGGAACAAGAGUUUAUUGACGAAUACUAUGAAAAUGGGAGAUUUAAAUUAUGGUUGCCAAAACAAUUAAGAAUCAAACCUUUUAGUGUCAUGUUUGAAACAUUGACCGAUACCUUUGGAUUUUAUAAAGGUUGGGUAACUGGUACUUCAUUGUUUGUAGAUCUUGUCUAUUCAAGUUCACCUGUUUUCGAUGCAAUCUAUCGUCGAUUAGAUUCAACCUUGACAAGAUACUUGGCAUGUUCAUUGUUUUUUUCAACUUUUGCACUCUAUUCAACAGUUUUCCUUUCUCGCCAAGGAAAGAUUUAUUACUCCUUAUCAUCCAUCUUGACAAUGUCCCAUAGCGUCUAUCUCAACAAUCAAGUCAAUCGUCAAAGAUUGGGUGGAGACAUUUACAAAUCUUUUAAAAAGUAUUAUAAAACAAAUGAUCAAAAUAAUUCCCCUUUUUCAACAAUCAAUAAUGAUCAAAUAAUUAUUAAAGAUAAAUCUGAUAUUUUAGAUUGUGAAUUUUAA